AUGGGAGUGUUUCGCACGUUCGCCGUCGGCGUGAGCGCUGUUGCGGUCGGCCUUUUCGGAGUCGCAGAGGCGAAGGACUUCACGCCACACGUCGACUUGUUCCUUGGGACAGAAGGUCCCGACGGUUCGUCGUACCAAGGCGGCAACGUCUUCCCCGGACCAACUCUGCCGUUUGGCGCCGUCAAGGUCGGCAUCGACACCACGAGAUGGGACACCAGGUACCAGGCAAACGCGGGCUACACAGUCGAAGGCAACGUCACCGCCAUCACCAUGCUGCACGUCAGCGGAACGGGAGGUGCUCCCACCUAUGGUUUGAUUCCUCAGAUGCCCCUCACUACACUUGAGGGCGUGAAUCUGCUGGAUAACAUCACAUACAUGCAACCCAGAGUCGGGCAUGAUGUGGCAGAGGUCGGAUACUACAAGACGGUGCUGGAAAAUGGAGUCACGGCAGAGAUGAGCGCCAGCAUGCACGCAGGCAUCAUCAAGUACGAGUUCUCCAAGGAUGGCGGCCGCCAUGUCCUGGUUGAUCUGAGUCACUACCUGCCGACACGUGGUAAGGAAUCUCAGUGGUACAGCAAUGGGUUCCUCGAGCGCAGUGAAGACGGCUCAACAUACUCCGGAUAUGGUAUCUACAGGGAAGGCUGGUCACUUGGCGGCGAUUUCAAGAUCUACUUUUGUGGCCAGUUUGACAGCGUGCCGGAAGACGUCGGCCUGUUCUCUGGCAUCUACACAGAUCCGUACUGGCCCAAUACGACGGACGUCAAGCCGUUUUACAACAACGCGACGUCGAUCCAUGGAGGCAUCGAUGGCUAUCAAUAUGCCAACCGUAUUGGAGGCAUCUUCUCAUUCCCCUCGACCGUGUCUACCUUGACAUCAAAAGUGGGCGUCUCGUGGAUCUCAACCGAGAAAGCUUGCCAGUUCAUCAAGGAUGAGAUUCCUCAUUGGGACCUGAACAAGACCGUGACACAGGCGAAGGCCGCAUGGAACGAUGAGGUGUUGUCCAAGAUUGAUGUCCAAACUCAGAACGAGACACAGCUGGAGAUGUUCUACACCGGUCUUUACCACUCGCAUCUGAUGCCCUCUGAUCGCACGGGGGAGAAUCCUGCCUGGGAGUCGAAAGAGCCGUACUAUGACGAUUUCUAUACCCUGUGGGACACCUUCCGCUGCACCCACGCGCUGAUCUCACUAAUUCUUCCGGACCGGCAAGUCGACAUGAUCCGGGCCAUGAUCGACAUUUGGCGACACGAGCGCUUCUUGCCCGAAGGCCGCAGCCACAACCACAAUGGGCGUGUCCAAGGUGGUUCGAACUCCGACAACGUCCUUGCCGACGCCUACGUCAAGAAGCUUGACAAGGAUAAACUCAUUAACUGGGCAGACGGCUAUGCUGCCGUCCGUACCAAUGCCGAGCUGCAGCCUUACAAUAACUUUGACUUCAACGACCCCACGGGGAGCACAAAGGAGGGGAGAGGCGCCUUGGAUGACUGGAAGAAGUACGGAUACGUAUCGACUAACUACGGACGAAGCGUCAGCAAGACGGUGGAGUACUCUUUGAACGACUUUGCUGUCUCUCAAAUUGCCAAGGGCGAGGCGCCAGAUGAUACCGGGAAGUAUUUGAACAGAUCCACCGGAUGGCAGAAGAUCUGGCUCGCUGAUGUAGCUGCGCUGAACUUCACCGGUUUCCUCGCCCCGCUGCAGUCCAAUGGCACCGUUCUCCCUGGAUACAGUCCCCUUGCAUGCGGCGAGUGCAACUGGGAAGCUAUCUCUUACGAAGGCACCCCUUGGGAAUACAGCUUCACUGCUCCUCACGACAUGUCUACCUUGAUCACAUUAAUGGGCGGCCCUGCUAAGUUUGAAAGCCGACUUGACACCAGCUUCAUUCCCGGACUUGGUGAGCAGGAGCAGGGCAACAACGGCAUCGGCAGCAUGAUUUACAACCCUGGCAACGAACCCAGUUUCAUGACUCCAUUCCUUUACAACUACAUCAAGGGCAGGCAGUGGAAGAGUGUGAUGAGAAGCAAGUUCGUCGUGGAUGAGUAUUACCACGUCGGACCCAGCGGUAUUCCAGGCAACGACGAUGCCGGAAGUAUGAGCAGCUGGCUCGUGUGGAACAUGCUCGGACUCUACCCUGUGGUUACUCAGCCUGUUUACCUGAUUCUUUCACCUCGAUUCGAGAACACAACCAUCAAGCUCGGCAAAGACGGCGGCCAAUUACAGCUCACAGCCACUGGGCUCGAUCAAGGUCCGUAUAUCCAGUCUUUGAAGGUGAAUGGCAAGGAAUGGCACAAGAGCUGGGUCACGCAUGAUGAUCUUCUAGGCGAGAAUGGUGUAGGAGGCAGGCUUGAGUUCGUGAUGGGCGCGGAACCGCAGGAGUGGGACUCGGGCGAACUGCCGCCUAGCCCGGGUGCAUUGUAA